AUGUCUAAAUCAUAAGUUCCUCCAGAAGUAAAAGCAUAUAUUGAUGAAUACAAAAUGGAGGAUGUUAUUAAAGAUGCAGUGAAUACAAUCCUUUCUUAAAAGCCAGCUGACCCUUAUACAACAUUUUCACAAUAUUUUGGAAAAUUAUCAACCCCUGUUAUUGAAUUAGAAGAUAUUUCUGGUUUAGAAAUGUUAAAUAAUGAACUUAAGACAAGCAUUCAAUUGAUUUUCACUGUCUAAUUCAAAAAUCAAAAAUUACAAUAUAAAUCUCCAUUAUAGUUUUCAUAAUCUUAUCCAGAAUAAGAAAUAUUUUACGAUGAUGAAUAAAAAAAUAUGAAAUAAGCAAUCUAAGAAAUAGAAAAGGUUUCUCAUUAAUUAAAAGGAAUGAAAUCAAAGGAAUAAAAAGAAGUUGAUGAGAUAUUAUUGAAAUAUCUUAGUGAACAUCCAAAUCGUAUUAAUGUUAUUCAAUAAAUUUCAUUUAGUUUACUUCCUUUGCAUGCUCACUUUAUGAAUUAAAGAUUAACCUAAUUGCUUCGUUAAUAAUUUAAUACUUAAGAAAUUAAAACUCCUAAACUCUUUGUGAAUUUGCUUUAGGGUAGUAAAGUAGUUGCUUCUAAGUGCAAAAUCUAUAAGUUUUUAUUAAUAUGUGAAGGAGAAGGUGCAUUGUAAAAAAUUUAGAAUGUUGUUAAUAAUGUCAAAAAAACUAUUAUUUCAGGCAAGAAAGGAGAAGCUGGUCUUCAAUUCUAUUAAGAUGGUACUUUUAUAUGUCCUGGUGAUACUAUUCCAGAUAAUUUAAAGAUAAUUGAAUAAGCAAUAGAGGCAGCUUAAUUGAAAGAUCAUGUUUAACUUGGCUUAGUUUGGUUAGCUGAAUUGUUUUAUGUUCCUGAAGAAAAGAAAUAUGAUUUAGACAAUCCAAAGAAACUAUUAGAUGCAGAUUAAUUAAUAGAUUAUUAUUUCAAAUUGUGUUAAGAAAAACCAAUUAUUGUAUAUUUAGAAGAUCCUAUUCACCAUACUGAUAUUGUCGGAUGGACAAAAAUUACCAAUAAAUUCAAAGAUUCUAAAGUUAAAUUAGGUAGUAGGAGAUUAUAUUCAAAUAUCGAUAAAGCAAAGAAACAUUGUGAAAUAUUGAGUUAAUAAACCAAUCCAGAAUUAAGUGAGUAAUAGAUAACCCAGAUGAAUAAUGAAAGAAUACAUCUUGAUUAUAUGUACAAACCUCUCUAUGAAUACAAUACAUUUACAGAAUUAUAUAAUCAUUUAAGCUAUUUAAUUUCAAAAAAAUCUUCAUUGCAAAUAAUUAUAGGGGAUUCUCUAGUUGAUACUGAAGACUCGUAUUUCGUUGAUGUUGCUUUUUCGCUUCCAAAUUCUAAUAUUAAUAUUGGACCUCCCCUUAAAUACGAAAAAAUUAUAAAAUACAAUAAAUUUUUAAAAUUAUGCCAUGAAAGUGAUUGA